AUGUUGGGAAAAUAUUAAGAUCAGAAUACCAUGAUUUUAGACCAAGAUUCAAAUUAUUAAAAUUUUAGAUGCAAUAAAGAUUGUCAAACAGAUAAAGAUCACUAUUGCAUAAUCGAUUAAACAUCUGGAAAUCUUUCAUGCUUUAAGAGAUAAAAUUUGAUAAAAUUACCAAAAUCUACUGGAUUUAUUCAUUAGUCAACUAAUUAAAUAUGGGAGUUAAAUCAAAAGUAAACAUGUGAUAAAGAUGGAAUAAAAGCAUUUAAUGAAGAAUGCGAUGAUGGAGAUACAGAAUCUACUGGAGGGUACCUAUUUACAUCAAUAAUAAUAAUGAUUAGAUGUGACUCUAACUGCAGAAUAAAAGAGAAGUGGACUUGUCUCAAUAAGGAAGAAUUUAAAUCAAUUUGUUUCAAAAAUUGCAUCGAACAUGGCAUGACUUGUCUUGAUCAGAAUUAUGUUAACUAAGAUGGGUAAAAUUUCAAAUUAUUAUUUAAUGACUUAAUUAUUAGUUGUGAUAACAAGUGCAAAGUAGAGAAGGGAUAUAGCUGCUCAGUUACCUCAAAUAAUGGAUAAGGGUAUUUCCAAUGUUUUAAAAGUAGCGAUGAAUUCUAAAAUUAUCAGACUAACUAAGUGAUUUAGGUAUAAUUCAUUGUCCAAAAAUAUUUACUCAAAUUUUAGAUAAAUGAUUACUCAAAGUAUCUCGAUAAUUCAAAUCUCAAUACAAAAGAAAAUACUUAGCUUCUAAGAAAACUCACAUAAGAGUAAGCUCUCUGCAAAAAUGGGAAAUUAGAAAUAGGUGAACAGUGUGACGAUGGUGAAGAUAGUAUUUACGAUUAUAAGUAUCCAUUAUUUUAAAGUAACUUUCCUAGAUGCGAUUAAGAGUGUAAUAUUUAACCUGGUUAUGGAGCUAUAAUCAAUUCGCUUGGAUAAAUAACUUAAAUGACUCACUAUUGCAGCGAUCAAGUUGAGGGGAUAACUCUAAUUUUAAAUGCUUCAGAUCUGUAAAUAACUAUUCUAUAAACUUUAAAGCCAAUUAUUCCAUAACUUACUAAUGGUUAAUGCUACAAAAAUGGAAUUUUAGAAUAAUACGAGGAGUGUGAUGAUGGAGAUUUAACCAACUCUGGAGGGUAAUAUAUUCCCAGUUUAUUUUUAAUAUGUAGAUGUGACUAAUAUUGUUUCAUUAAAUCUGGCUGGACUUGUAUUCAAUAAAACGAGGGAGGAAUAUAGAGAUGUAUAAAAAGUUGCACCUUAUAUGUAACUUUAUGGCCCGGUUUAGAAAGAUAUUACUCGAAGUUUUAACCAAUAAGGCAUUACUAUAAUACUACCAAUCCAACAUUAUUUAUCACGAAUUCACCUUCAACUGAAACUACAACUGAGAUUUAAACUACAACAUAGUUUACAACACCGAAGCCAUAGUAGAGUACCUCAUCUCCUAGCUAUACAACGUUUACAGUAACCACAACCACUCCGCCACGUAUUGAUGAGAGUAUUAAAUGCGGUAAUAAUUUUCUUGAAUUUGGUGAAGAAUGCGAUGAUGUUGUGAUUUCUACUGCAGAAUAAUGCCGGGAGCAAUGGUAUAUGGGGCAUUUGGAUAAUCUACCCACCGACAUAACUCGAAUGAUUGCAAGGAUAUUUCCAAUCCAUCCUUGCUCCAGUUAAUGCCUGAUUGAGUCAUAAUUCAGCUGCUUCUCAGAUUUCGAAGGAUAAUACGGAUUUUACUGUAUAUAGAAAAAAGACUAUGAAUCAUGGCAUACAUAUGCUCCUCCUGCUCCAACAACUAUUUACUACUCUCUAAAUAGUCAAUGUGAUAAGAAUGGCAUUGUGGAAGCUGAAGAAAUUUGUGACAAUGGUCUGACCAAUUAAUUGGGGUAUACAUUUUCGUGUUAAACUUUUGAUAGAUGCGAUGACAACUGCCGUGUUAGACCGGGAUGGUCAUGUGUUUCAAAAGAUGGUAAAAAAUCUCAUUGCUACUAGUCCUGCAUAUAUGUGGGUACUGAAUGCUUAGACAGGAAUCAUGAAGACGGUGAUGGCUUCUACAACUACCUAAUUCUAGGCGUCUACUUCUUCUCCAACAAUUUCAACGAAUUCGUAAACCACAAAAUCACCUUCGAGUUAAUAAACAACAACUUAAAUGCCAACUAACUCUCUUACAACCUCUGCUACUUAAACUACAUAUUAAUCCACUUUUAGCUCAACAUAAAGUACAACCAAAUUCACUUAACCUACUACAAUAACUACUGCAAUAACUUAAACUACAAUUACAAUCAAGUAGACAACUACAAACUAACCAACUACAACCAUAGUCAAAUCAACAACUACAAACUAGCCGACAACAACCAUUGUCAAAUCAACAACUACAAAUUAACCAACUACAUUGACAUCGACAAAAUCUUCAACUACAACAGUAUAACCCAAAACUACAUCAACUGGAACCACCUAAGCAAUCACAACGGAAACAAUUAAACCUACUACUAUUACUACAAUCAAACCAUAAACCACAGCAAUGACAACCAACCGAUAAUCUACUACAAUUUCAAUAACGACUAUUACUAAGGGACCCAAAACUACCAAUUCAAUAAGCACUAUACAUCUGAUGGAGAGGAAGUUACAUGUUCAGAUAUGAAAGUCUGUCCAAAUGGAUCAAGACCACCUUGCAAUUGGAAGAGAAAAACAUAUACUGGGUGCAGAGAAAAAGAUAAUAGCUCUAAUAACAAUCAUGAUGAUAAGAAGAGAAGGUUCUUAUAAACAACUGGAAAUACAGCAAGUAUCAUUACCACAGCAACUGCCACUUUGAGGAUAAAAACUAAUUCAUUGCCUAAUCACUGCUUCUCUACAUAAGAAUCUACUUAAUCAACAGAGAAUGACAUUGAUUUUGAAGUGGAGUAUAGAAAUUCUGCUAAAAAAAGCAAGACUGCUAGAAUACUCACUGAAAACAGAAUUCUAAUAGCAUUAGAUGGUAAAGAUCAAGACAUCGUUAAUUCCAUCUUGUGUGAAACAGCGUGGACUUCGACAGAGCUUGUACAACAAGUUAGUCCUUCCUACACUGAAUACUCUGGAAAUUAUAAGGAUAUUGUGGGAAUAGCUAUCAACGGAGUUCCUUUACAUACAGGUAACUCUGAAUAUGGGUCAGACAUAUUCUUCCCUAAGAAGUACAAAGAAUACUAGUACAGCAAUUUGACAAUAGAACUAGACUCUUGUCUUGGAAGUGUUUAAUUCCUAGGCUUUUACCAUUACUACGGAUGGUCGCCUUGUAUCCUCCCAUCAGGCCCUAUAAAGACUAGCUCAUCAUCAAACUGCAAAGAUAUUGAUGAAUGCAAAAAUGAUAAGCUAGCAUAUUCAAUUUCUUUUAUGAAACCUCAAGAGAAAAAUAUGACUGUUAUCGGAAUAGCAAGAGAUGGACAUUCAAUCCUUGGUCCAUUCAGAAGUGACGGAAAUUGA